CUCCGUCACAGAUUAGGUGUCGGACGGGCCUUUUUACAAACAACACCCCGACAAAUUUCCGACCAACUCCGCGAUCCCUGGCAACUCCACCCUCACUUCGUUGUCCUCUCCUCUUCCACCCGAUGACGCCGACCGCUCGCCGACGGAGCCGGCCGCGUUCCGACGGCGCCGGCCGCCUUCGCUCCACCCCCUCCCAACCAAGCUGGGGUCUUUUCUUCUACCACGCCGCGCUGCUGCAUCCUCUCCCUCGCGUGCGUCCUCGCCGCCUCUCCAUGUUCCUCUGGCCCGUCGUCCUCUUCAUCCACAACUUGAAGGUGCGAUUUUUUGCCUCCGGCGGCCGGAUUUGCAGCGGCGCUGCUCGAUCUAAUGUUGAGGUGCGGCUGCUGCGACGGGGCGCGGCUGCUACGACGGGGGCGUCUGAUGGCGAUGGGGGCGUCUGAUGGCGACGGUGCGGCUGCUGGCGGCGGGGAGCCCUCCCAGGCGCUGCUCUCCAGCGACCAGUUCGACUUCGAGGUGUACGCCGGGCAGUACUCGGGCCGCACGCGCGUGGCGCGGCUCCUCUUCAUCGCGGGCAAGUGCGAGUCGGAGCAGAUGAGGCUGGAUGCGCUCCGCCUGGCCUACGAAGGGUCCCUGAAGGGCGAGGACACGGCCCUCCACCGCGACGGAGUACCAAUGUCGGCUGGACAUAACCUGGAAGCUAUCACAUCUGAUGUCGUCUGUUUCUACAAGCGGACCUAACUAGCCAGCAGAGCAAGUGUAGUUGAUUAGAAAUGCAUUCUCCUUCAGGGGCUAUUCAGCCCUGAUUGUUCAUUGCCUGGAAGGGCUGCAAUCCUACAGAGCUGAUUUCAGGAAGCUGGGUGACAGCAUUAUCACAAGGAGAGCUGCUUUCUCUCUCGCAAUUUCAGGUGGAGUUUGCAGCAUUACCACUUUCAGAAAAUGGUGUGCAUUUUUGCUGACAAAGUUAUUACAGUAUCUCCGGAUCUACUAGGAUGAAACUCCAAGUUGAGCUCCAACAACUUCAGGAUUAUGCCAAGAAUGGGGUACCUGCACGAGAAGGUGCUGGUCUUCCACAUCCACGACCGCAAGAUCGCCCGCCUUCACUCCACCAG